ACUGGCGCGGAGCGGUUCGUGCGGACGCGACGGGGCGGGCGCCCCCGGGAGCCUGGCGCGGUACCGAGCCCGCGAGGGACGUUCGAGCAGGGUCAGGUGCCCCUGCGGGUCCAGCGAGAGCCCACUCACCGCGGCUGGCACCGCGGCUGCGGGCCGCACGCUGACCGUCGGGAAGAUGAGUGCCUGCGGAAGGAAGGCCCUGACCCUGCUGAGCAGCGUCUUUGCCGUGUGUGGCCUGGGCCUCCUGGGCAUCGCCGUCAGCACCGACUACUGGCUGUACCUGGAGGAGGGCGUGGUCCUGCCCCAGAACCAGAGCACCGAGAUCAAGAUGUCCCUGCACUCUGGCCUCUGGAGAGUCUGCUUCCUUGCAGGCGAGGAGCGGGGCCGCUGCUUCACCAUAGAGUAUGUGAUGCCCAUGAACACCCAGCUGACCUCCGAGUCCACUGUCAACGUUCUAAAAAUGAUUCGCUCAGCCACACCGUUCCCUCUGGUCAGCCUCUUCUUCAUGUUCAUUGGGUUUAUCCUGAGCAACAUCGGACACAUCCGUCCCCACAGGACCAUCCUGGCCUUUGUCUCCGGCAUCUUUUUCAUCCUCUCUGGCCUGUCUCUCGUGGUGGGGCUGGUGCUCUACAUCUCCAGCAUCAACGACGAGAUGCUGAACAGGACCAAGGACACAGAGACCUAUUUCAACUACAAGUACGGCUGGUCGUUCGCCUUCGCUGCCAUCUCCUUCCUUCUAACAGAGAGUGCCGGGGUGAUGUCCGUGUACCUGUUCAUGAAGAGGUACACCGCCGAUGACAUGUACAGGCCUCACCCCGGCUUCUACCGCCCGCGUCUCAGCAACUGUUCUGACUACUCAGGCCAGUUCCUACACCCGGACGCCUGGGUCCGGGGCCGCAGCCCCUCCGACAUCUCCAGCGAUGCCUCCCUGCAGAUGAACAGCAACUACCCAGCCUUGCUCAAGUGCCCUGACUAUGACCAGAUGUCCUCUUCCCCAUGCUGAGGCUCGCCGCCACCUCCCUCCAUGGACUACGGAUGGCCAGGCAGCCUUCCCAUGCUCCCCUGUCGGUCUGUGAGCCCUAGGCCCUUGGUUGACAGGCCCAGGCUGCCCCAUGCUUAGCUGUUGUCAUUUGACCCCUGUCCUCUCCCUGCUUCCCCUAGAGUAGGUCCAACUACCACAGGAUGGAUAUCAGGAGCCUGGAACCAGCGAGCAAGCUGAUUGGCUGAGAGCAUGGGUGUAGCCCCACCCCCUUGAGUGCCAAUCACUCCAGCAGCUCUCUCCUUUCCUGGGAGAGGUGGGUGUGACGGCUAUGAAUUCAUCCCCGCACACCCAGCUUCAUGGUCCCGGCCAAGGCCAGCUCCGAGAUGCCAAGACCCUUAAAGAGACCCAGCUGGACUUGGGUACUGGCCCUCACGUUCAUGAUCUGGGCCAUUGGGCCAAAAGGUGACUCUGAUGUGAGGUCUGACUGGUUCAGCAUCGUCAAGCAGUGUUCCUCGUGAAAUCCUUUCUCCUUUCUUGUCACCCACAUCCCUGCAUACAACAUGCCUGUCUGUGCUCUCCACCUCCCCUCUGCCCCACAGCCUGUGAAUCUGUUUCCUUCUUCUCCCGGUAGAACUCAGCUGCCCCAGCCUCUGUCCCUAAGGGGCUAAGGGUGGGUCUGAGGCCACUCUCAUGAGUCACAAAGAAGUGUUAAUGGCUGAUGAUGUCUUAAUAUGACUGGCCCCUUGAUAACAGAUUUAACGGGUCUUUCAUGCCUUAACCCAAAGAGGUGACUCUGACCAUGAGAAUUUCAAAAUUUGGCUGGUCCUAGUUAAUGUUACCAAGCACUGUUUCAGGCGCUAGAGAUACUGUCCCUGCUCCAUGAGCACUAUUUUCAGUCCAAAACCCUGAAAUAUAAUCAUGUAGACAGAUGUCUUUACCACCUAAGGAGAAGGCAGCUUUGAAAGAGGCUGCCUGGGACUGGGAGCUGGAUUUGCUGACACCUGAGUCUGAACAAGCCAGACUCAGAAUGAUCCAGCUGCUCUCCUGAGGAUGCCUGUCAGCAUUUGGGGUUUGCCAACUUAAUCCUGAUACAGGGUAGCGUCUGCUCCCUGGGUAUGGGGCAUACAGAUUCCCCAGAAGACGAGGUGGCGUGAUGCCCAUUUUCCUGGUAAGAAACCUGAGCUGGGAGGUAUGUAGCACCUGCCAUGAAGUUCAGAGGGAAACUGGUGAAAGGACCACGGCAGGACGGGACCCCCCUCAGAUCUCCAAGCAUCUUCUCAGCAUUCCCACUUUUGGAUUGGAGGUUUUGAGUAACAGAACAGCGCUGGGCUCUCCGCCGUGUGUUUCUGCCAUGCCAGCUUUUCUCCCUUUCUCUUGCUCUCUUUAAGACAAGUUCUCGGCACAAAAAGCCACCGUGGGCAACACAUGGGCUCUGGAAAGAAAUACAGAAAACUGCAUUUCUGGCCCAGGCAGACUUCGGAAGGGCAAGGCAUUCAUUUGCUUGGGCUUCCACGGGCUGGCAGGCUUAAACCACAGGCAUUUAUUUUCUCACAGUUCUGGACGCCGGAAGUCCGAGAUCCAGGGGGCAGCUGAUUUGAUUUCUCUGAGGCCAUUCUCCUUGGCUUGCAGAUGGCUGUCUUCUCAACGUGUCUCCACAUCGUUUUUUGUUUGUUUGUUUUUUCCUGCCUGCGUGCAUGCGUGCCCCUGGUGCCCACAUACCCUCGUAUAAGGACACCCGUCAGCUUGGCUAAGAACCCUCCCUGAUGCUUCAUUCUGACUUCAUCACCUCCUUAAAGGCCCCAUCUCCAAACACAGCCAUAUUCCAAGCGUGGAGGGGAGGGUCCCAACAUGUGAACAUGGGGCACGUGGGGGGCACAGUUCAGCCCAGACCAGGCAGGCUGCUUCGCCUCUGGAGUAUUCUGCUGAGAGUGGAGGAGACAUGAGAGAUGUGGACUCUGGUCCUUGUUCUGCCACUAUCUCAGCAUGGAUCCUUGGGCAACGCCUUUCUGCUCUGAGGGACUCGGCCUAAACUAUUUCCAAGCUCCCCUCCCUGCCCCAACUCUAACGAUUCAGCCUCAUGGAGAAGCACCACGUGGCCCCCACAUGUGACUUUUCACCCCCUGUCUAUCCCCAACUUCCACUCCGUCGGUACCUGCCGUGACUUGUACUCCCUGGUUCCCAUUUAUAGAUUAAUACGGAAACCACAUUCUUCCCCGUGGCAAAGGACUCACUGAGUGUCCUUGGAGACCAUUAGGUAGCAUUUCCAAAUUGGACAGUUGUUCAGAUGUGCUCAACUCCAAUUUUUGUCAAUGUAAUUAGCUCCUCAAAUGCACUGUUCUCUCCCUAAAGCACUUUUUCUCUGUCACUGUACCAGGUUUGUUUUUGUGCACAUGGAAAAAAAUAGAAUCCACUCCUGAACAAA